AUUUUUAAAAUUCUAAUGACUUUCAUUGCAGACAAAAACCUUGAAAAUGCCGAUGAAGCAGCAGAACAGUUCAAAUUAAUCCAAGCGGCGUAUGAUGUACUGAGUGAUCCUCAAGAAAGAGCAUGGUAUGAUAACCACAGAGAAGCUCUACUGAAAGGAAGGGUUAACGGAGAGUACCAAGAUGAUAGUUUGGAUCUGCUGCGCUACUUUACUGUUAGCUGUUACUCUGGAUAUGGGGAUGAUGAAGAGGGGUUCUUUGCAGUCUAUCGCCAAGUUUUUGAAAAUAUUGCAAAGGAAGAGGUGGAAUAUAUAUCUCAGGAAGAUAUGGAAGAAUUUCCUACUUUUGGAUAUUCUCAAAGCGACUAUGAUGAGGUAGUCCAUCCUUUUUAUGCAUACUGGCAGAGUUUCUGUACUCAAAAGAAUUUUGCUUGGAAAGAGGAGUAUGACACACGGCAGGCAUCAAACCGCUGGGAGAAACGAGCUAUGGAAAAAGAAAACAAGAAAACUAGAGACAAAGCAAAAAAGGAGAGAAAUGAACUGGUUCGUCAGCUAGUGGCUUUUAUACGUAAAAGAGAUAAGAGAGUACAGGCACACAGAAAACUCAUAGAAGAACAGAAUGCAGAAAAGGCUAGGAAAGCAGAGGAGCUCCGAAGGCAACAGAAGCUCAAACAAGCUAAGCUUGGUGAGCAAUAUAAAGAGCAAAGCUGGAUAACUAUGUCUGAUCUAGAGAGAGAAUUGCAACAGAUGGAAGCACAAUAUGAAAAGGAAUUUGGAGAUGGAUCUGAUGAUGAAGAGGAAAGAGAGGAACAAGAGUCAAGAGAAGGAAUGGAUGAUAAACAGAGUGAUGAAGCUGAAGAUGUUGAAUUUUAUGAUGACUUGUACUGCCCUGCUUGUGACAAAACUUUAAAGACUGAGAAAGCAAUGAAGAACCAUGAAAAGUCAAAGAAACACAGAGAGAUGGUAGCACUGUUACGGCAACAGCUGGAGGAGGAGGAAGAGGAAUUCUCUGUAUCUACAGAUGACAAAAAUGCAGUACACACCAAAGAAGAUGAAGAAAUAGAAGAAACACCCAAACAAAAAUUCUCCAAGAAAAAGAAAAAGAAACAUAAAACCAUGAUGACUUAUGAAGACUCUUUGAGCAAUAAAAGUGCAGACGAUAGUAUACUUGAACAAAAAGAAGCUGACACUGUGGACCAGGACAACAGCAUAACAGAAGAAAUGGAAAAUGUUGGCCAAAGCAAUACUGCUUGUGAUAAAGCAAGUACUGCAGAAGUUGUAGAUCAAGUUAAUGAACCAAAAAGUGAAGCAAAAAGCAACCCUAAGCCUAAAGGAAAGAAAGCUAAGGAUACAAAAAAACCUGUUAAGGUAUCUCAAGAAACGAAUGAAGAUGUUCCUAUUCACUGUAUAACCUGCAGUUGUGAAUUUCAGUCCAGGAAUAAACUAUUUGAACACUUAAAGGCCACAGGCCAUGCAAAAGCAAUGCAAGCACCAGCUGCAAAUGGUGCUGGGAGCAGCAGAAACAAAAAAGAUAAACGUAAAAACAGAUAGGACUUCUUGAUUGUUUUAAACUGUCAGCUUUUGGAUGCAUAGGUGAAAACUCAUAAAACCAAAGGACAGAAAUCCUACAAUCCAAAUUAAAUUGGAGCAGUUCUUGAGCCUACAGCAAUUACAUUGUGGCAAAACAUUUUUAUAUUAUACUUUUUUUUUUUUUUUUUACCAAUACUUCAUUAACAACUGAAUUUCAUCCUGCUCAUUCCAGGGCCUUGAAAGUCUUGAAAAAAAAAUUCUAAAAGCUGGUCAUCCUAGAUACCUGGUGGGACAUGCAACUGUACAGAGGGAGGAAAUAAAUUAUUUUAACACUUA